CUGGGUCCAAUCCCAUCUCAGGAACGAACGCGCUCCGGGGCAGGCAAGCCUGACAGAUCCGAGGAGACUUAAAGAGGAGCGGCAGCGAGGCACGCCCGCACCGCUGCACCUCCGCGCCCUCGGGUCUCCGCCUCCCGCCCUGCGCCCGCGCCCCUGCCCGCCCCGCACCCCGAUGGCCGCCGCCGAGCCUCCGAUCCCCCUGCGCGGAGCCCUCUGCGGGCUGCUGCUGACCCUCACGGUCUUCAAUUUUGCUUGUGAAGCCUGCAAAAUGGUGACAUUUAAUGUACCUUCCAGACUAGAGGCAGACAGCAUAGUUGGCAGAGUUAACUUGAAAGAGUGCCUCAGGUCUGCAGACCUCAUCCGGUCGGGUGACCCUGAUUUCAGAGUUCUAGAUGAUGGGUCAGUAUACACAGCCGGCACUGUGGUGGUGUCUGAUGAGAAAAGGUCAUUCACCAUAUGGCUCUAUGACACCAAGACACACACACAGAAAGAGAUAAAGGUGCUCCUGGAACAUCAGAAGAAGGUGCUGAGGAAAAGACAUGCCAAAGAAGCCGUUCUCAGGCGUUCCAAGAGGAGAUGGGCCCCUAUUCCCUGCUCAAUGCAAGAGAAUUCGUUGGGCCCUUUCCCUUUGUUUCUUCAGCAAGUUCAAUCUGAUGCAGCACAGAACUAUACCAUCUUCUACUCAAUAAGUGGGCAUGGAGUUGACCAAGAACCUUUAAAUUUGUUUUUCAUAGAAAGAGACACUGGAAAUCUGUAUUGUACCCGACCUGUGGAUCGUGAAGAAUAUGAAGUUUUUGAUUUGAUUGCCUAUGCCUCAACUGCAGACGGGUAUUCAGCAGACAUACCUCUUCCGCUGCCCAUCAGAGUGGAGGAUGAAAAUGACAACCACCCUAUUUUCACAGAAGCUAUUUAUAAUUUUGAAGUUCCAGAAAGUAGCAGACUUGGUACUACAGUGGGAGUGGUUUGUGCCACAGACAAAGAUGAACCGGACACAAUGCAUACACGCCUGAAGUAUAGCAUUUUGGAGCAGACCCCGAAGUCUCCAGGGCUCUUCUCUGUGCAUCCGAGGACAGGUGUCAUCACCACAGUCGCUCAUUAUUUGGACAGAGAGACUGUAGAUAAGUACUCACUGAUAAUGAAAGUACAAGACAUGGAUGGUCAAGUAUUUGGAUUGAUAAGUACAUCAACUUGCAUCAUAACAAUAAAAGAUUCAAAUGACAAUGCACCCACUUUCAAACAAAAUACUUAUGAAGCAUCAGUAGAGGAAAAUGCAUACAAUGUGGAGAUCUUACGAAUAUCUGUAGAAGAUAAGGAUUUAAUUAACACUGCCAACUGGAGAGCCAAUUUUACCAUUUUGAAGGGCAAUGAGAAUGGACAUUUCAAAAUCAGCACAGACAGAGAAACUAAUGAAGGUGUUUUGUAUGUCGUAAAGCCGCUGAAUUAUGAAGAAAACCAACAAGUGAUCCUGGAAAUUGGAGCAAGCAAUGAAGCUCCGUUUUCUCGAGAUUUUACAUUCAGAACAACAGCCAUGAACAGAGCCGUGGUCACAGUUCACGUGAGGGAUCAGGACGAAGGGCCUGAAUGUAGCCCGGCAGCCCAGUAUGUGCGGAUUCAAGAAAACUCAGCAGUGGGGUCAAAGAUCAAUGGUUAUAAGGCAUAUGACCCUGAAACGAGAAGUACCAGCGGCUUAAGGUACAAAAAAUUGCAUGAUCCUCAAGGAUGGAUCACUAUUAAUGAGAUGUCAGGGUCAAUCACAACUUCCAAAAUCCUGGACCGGGAGGCCAUGACUCCCAGAAAUGACUUAUAUAAUAUUACAGUCCUGGCAAUAGACCAAGAUGGUAGAUCAUGUACUGGAACACUUGUGGUUAACAUUGAAGAUAUAAAUGAUAACCCCCCAGAAAUACUUCAAAGUUAUCUAACAAUUUGCAAACCAAAGAUGAGAUAUACUGACAUUUCAGCUGUCGAUCCUGAUGAACCUAUCCACGGCGCUCCAUUUUAUUUCAGCUUGGCAAACACUUCUCCAGAAACGAACAGAAUGUGGACCCUCACCAAAGUUAAUGAUACAGCUGCCCGUCUUUCAUAUCAGAAAAAUGCUGAGUUUCAGGAAUACAGUGUUCCUAUUACUGUAAAAGAUAGGGAAGGUCAAUCUGCAACAAAGACCUUGAGAAUUAAUCUGUGUGAUUGCACUCACCCGAGUCAGUGUCUGGCGACCCGAAGGAGUGCAGGAGUCAGACUCGGAAAAUGGGCGAUCUUGGCCAUACUGCUGGGCAUAGCUUUACUGUUUUCUGUAUUGCUAACUUUGGUAUGUGGAGUUGUUGGUGCCAAAAAAAGAAAAGGUUUUCCUGAAGAUUUAGCACAGCAAAACUUAAUCAUAUCAAACACAGAAGCACCUGGGGAUGAUAAGGUGUGUUCUACCAAUGGCUUUAUGACCCAGACAGUCAAUAACUCUGGCCAAGGCUUUUGUGGCACCAUGAGAUCCGGAGUGAAAAAUGGAGGGCGGGAGACCAUUGAAAUGGUGAAAGGCGGACACCAGACCCUAGAAUCGUGCCAGGGCUCCGGGCACCAUCACACCCUGGAUUCCUGCAGGGGAGGACACGUGGAGAUGGACAACUGCAGAUAUUCCUACUCCGAGUGGCAUAAUUUCACCCAGCCCCGCCUUGGUGAAAAAUUGCAUCUGUGCAAUCAGAAUGAAGACCACAUGCCGUCUCCAGAUUAUGUCCUUACGUAUAACUAUGAAGGAAGGGGCUCCCCAACUGGUUCUGUGGGGUGCUGCAGCGAAAAACAGGAAGACGAUGGGCUUGACUUUUUAAAUAAUUUGGGAGCCAAAUUUACUACAUUAGCAGAAACAUGCACAAAGAGAUGAUGUUAAUGUGGUACAAGGAGCUGGGUUUUUGCCACACAUGCUGGAAUUUUCCUAAAGGGAUAUUAUAAAGUUCAGUUUCACUUUCUAAUAUAUAGAUAGCUAGAUAUUAGAAUUUCUAUUUCUAAUAUAUAUAUAUUUGUUUUUAAUAUAUAUUAGAAAAAAUAUAUGAAUUUUUCUAAAUUUUGAAUUGUACUAUUUACCGAUUUGUAGAUUUAUAGCAAUUUGUUGCUUAUCGUUUCCAAGAAGUUUGAAAUGUUAAAACAUAUUUUGCCUUCUUUACUGCCAGGUAUAUAGACAGCUAGCAAAAGCAUGCUGUAACAUUGGAAUUAAGGUCUAUAAAGGACCUGCUAUUCUUUACAAAUAGCUUUCCAGUAAAUGUGUUGAGUUAAUAUUAGUCCAAUGAUAACUAAGCUAUCCUUGAAUGAAUAUACAGCAGCUAUCUGGGCUAGAGAUUCUGUUCUUGUUCCAGAUUUAAGUGUAAUGGGAUUAUAUCAAACGUUAUGGUAAAUUGUACUGCAGUUUGUAGCUCUUUAAAAAUUUUGUUCCAUGAGUUGGUAGCUCCAAAGACUACUAGAAUUUCAUUUUCCUUCUGGUUAGCAACUAGAUCAUGAAAGGCAGUUCUAGCUACUUGAUUGGCCUAAUAAGGUCUUAAAAAAUACAUAGCCACAAUAUUAAACUAUAUCAGGAAAGUGUAGACUGAAAAACUGUGUUGUUUUUAUGCUUUUGAAUGUGUGUGUUAUGGUUUGCAAAAGGAUUAUUAUAAGGAAUAUAUUUAAGUUUCCUUAUUCUCAAGGAAAAGAACUAUGUUCACUACAUGGAGAGUUAUUGUCAGUAUUUUAACAAAAAACCCACCAAAGAUCUUCUAUUGAGAUGGUAAUCACAAGUCUUAAUGUUUUCCCCUGAGAUUCAGGACUACUGACUAUAGAAAGAGGGUAGAUAGAUAGAUAGAUAGAUAGAUAGGAGAGAGAUGGAGAGAGAGAGGUAUCCCCUGCUUUUCAAAAGUUCAUGUUACGCCACUUCUCUUUCGCGAAGAGAAAGUGCGAAGAGAAAGUUACUGCCUGUUUUUGCAAACCUAAAGUACCCGCAAAAGAAUUUUGCUUAUAUGCAAAAAGGGAAAAUAGCAUUUCAUGUUUGUCUUGGAAUGAAUCUUGUAGAGGCAGCAUGUACCUAGAGCAGAGACGGGGUCCCGCCAAGCUCCUUCCCCGGGGAACUUCACUCAGCAUCUCAAUAUCAAGCCACCUCCGCUUUGAACUGUGUCUGUGAGCAUCUCUGCUUUAUGUCCAUUUAUUUGGUACAUCAUUUAGUAAGAUGUGUUCUAAGGAAUCAGAAAAGCCUAAGAGAGGUUAAACUUUGGGUCUGGGAACACUCAAAAAAUUUUCCAUAAAGAUGAUGGUAAUUGCU